CGCGUCUAGAAAAGCGACUCGGCAGUGCCUGUGGGCGCCACUCUUCGGUACCUCGUCGCGCGAGCGGUAAGCAGCGGAGAUGGGCAGCUUCGACACUGUCGCCGGCCGUUUGCUUAUCUUUUUUAUACUGACUGCAAGUGCUCUUGGAAAAGCAGAAGAUGAAUUGACACUGCAAGCCCACCUGACUCCCUGCGAGCUCAUCAAGUACCACGGCUACCCCUGUGAGCUAAGCUAUGCGACCACGGAUGACGGGUACGUGCUCGAGGUCGACCACGUCCCUCACGGUCGCGAGGGUAGCCCUUCCACAGCAGGCGACCAGAGGACGCCUCGCUACCCGGUCCUUUUGGUACCCGCCUUCACGAGUGCUUCGGACAUGUGGUUCCUGAAUUACCCUUCGCAAAGCCCUGGUUUCCUGCUAGCGGACAGGGGCUUUGAUGUGUGGUGCAUGAAUUCGAGGGAAGCUAAGCCGUACUCUAACCACACGAGGCUCUCUCAGGAUGACCGGAAGUACUGGCGUUGGAGCUUCGACGAGAUCGGGCGCUACGACGUGGCGGCGUGCGUGGACCAUGUUCUCAAGGCCACCGGCGCUCCCAAGCUCACGAUAAUGUCACUGUCCCAAGGUGUGGCCAUAACCCUGGUCUUCCUGUCCACGCGCCCUGAGUACAACGAAAAGGUCGACCUUGUCAUCGCGUACGGUCCCGUGGCGAACAUCACACAUGCGGGUCCGCCAUUGUCUGUGGCGGUGCCUCUGCUUCCACCUGUGCUUUUAGCCCUGGACCCCUUGGGCAAAGGAGCUUACGUUGGAGUGAGCAAUCGCGUGAAGCGGGCUCUCUCGCAACUUUGUCAAGCCGCCAUUGGUCGCGUGUGUUCUGCUGCGGUCACCGUGACGCUCUUAAGCAGUCCACUCCAGCUCAAUAAGACGCGGAUGCCGAUGUACGUGGGGCAUUUCCCUAAGGGUACGACUGCACAAAACAUGCGCCACUACCAUCAGAUGUACAGGGCGAAAAACUUCGUCAUGUACGACCAUGGUGUAACGGAAAAUCGCCGGCGUUAUGGCCAGAGGGCGCCCCCGGCUUACCCCCUGGAACUUAUCACCACCCCCAUUGCUGUAUUCUCAUCGGAAGGAGACUUUGUAGCCGACACUCAAGACGUGGCGGACUUGGUGACGAGGCUCGGAUCGAGCGUAAUUCUUCACCGCGUGGUCCCCGAGGAAAAGUUUGGGCACGUGGACUUCGCCUUGGGAUACAAUGCCAACGAAUUCUUGCACAAUAUCGCCAUCGACAUCAUCCGACAGCAUGCGACACGGAGGUCGUGAAAACUGCUGCCUUGAAAGCGGGACCUCAGCUUCCCUAUACCACCUUUGAGAGUGCGCUAUGGUUUGUGAUAAGCAUAUAAAAAUAACAACAUGCUUGGUGCUUUGUGCAUAGUGGUAUACAGGAACAGGGUGUUUCUUUUUGCAGACCGUUAACCUUCAGUUUCGACGACACUAUUCAAGGCACUGUUCUAGACACUGUUGUACCAGAUACUACAACAGAAACGCAUAUAUCCAGAUGGUAUUUGAAUAUGAAAGGGAACUAAAAUAUCAUAUUACGUAACACUUGACAUAUCAUUCUAACAAUGAAAACAUUGUGACGGAUGGGAAAUUGGUACCCUGUUUUAAGUCUGGGGCCCCAUAUCUGCCGCGGCAAUUUUGCCGAAUAAAAUAUUGAUAGAGUUGA